GUCCAAGAGGCCUAGGGUUCAAAAUUGCUAUAAUUUGUGAAUGUGGCAAUUCGUAUAUUAAUUCUGGACCAAUGAUUGAUAACGCAUUUGAAGUAAAUAGACGUAUUGUUGCUGUGAUGCGUCUAUUGGGCAUCGGAAUAAAUGGGAUAAAUCUUUUCUGUGGAUUAAUGGAUUUAGCAUGCAAAUUUUACGACCAAACUUUUGCGGGAUGUUUUACGAAUUUACAGAUUGCAGCCGAAACCAUUUGUAAGCUCAGUAUGCAGCAAGCUAUAAAUGAAGAAAAAGAGCUUACAUUAAAGGAAGAAAAUUCGGAGACAAAUUUGACUGUUAGCGGCGACGGUACCUGGAAAAAACGUGGCCAUACUUCCCGUUUUGGAGUAGUUACGCUGGCAGGAAAAUACAGCAAGAAAAUUCUUGAUUCAUGCGUAAAAUCUACAUAUUGUCAGAGUUGUGUUUUUUGGAAGAAAAAAAAAGAUAGCGAACCUGAAGCUUAUGAGGAAUGGCUAUCAUUACACGAAGAAGAAUGUGAUGUCAAUCAUAAAGGAUCUGCCUCAAAAAUGGAAGUGGAUAGUGUAAAAGACAUGUUUGGUCGUUCCAUUAGUAAAUAUGGUGUAAAAUAUACCCGCUAUAUUGGUGAUGGUGAUAGUGCUACCCACAAAGGACUUAUAGAUUUGAAUCCUUAUGAUAUUCCUGUUGCUAAAUUGGAAUGCUAUCUACAUGUGAAAAAAAGAAUGGGAACACGUUGCCGAAAUGUAAAGAAAACUAAUAAGAAUUUAGGAGGAAAAAGUAAAACAUCACAAAAGUUAACUGUAAAUUUAAUAAAUAAACUCCAAAAAUAUUAUGGUCUGGCAAUUAUGAGGAAUCAAGAUAAUGUAGAUGAAAUGUAUAAAGCAAUCUGGGCAACAUUUUAUCAUUUCUGUUCAACUGACAAAAACCCAAAUCAUAAAAAUUGUCCAGAAGGCGCUGAAAGUUGGUGCGCUUAUCGCCGCGCGGAAGCUGAAGGAAUCACUAGUACAUUUAAACACGAUUACCUCCCACUGGAUCCAGAAGUACAAAAAGCUAUAAAACCUAUUUAUGAAGACUUAUCUCGACAUGAAUUGCUUGAUAGAUGUAAAGGUAACAAUACUCAAAACAACAAUGAAAGCUACAACGGUUUACUUUGGCACUUUUCACCCAAGCAUCUUCAUAAUGGCUUCAAAACUAUUGAAUUGUCAAAUAAUUUCGCAACUGCAAUAUUUAAUGACGGUUAUUCGUCAAUUUUGAAGAUGUUCAAUCUAAUGGGAGUGAUAGUUGGACCUGCAGCAAGAGAUUUUGCGGCUCUUAAGGACAACACGAGAAUACGAAUCGCUGAUCAUCGCCAAAGGGCUUCUUCAAAAGAAGGUCGAUCCUCUCGAAGAAAAGCUUCUUCAGCUGAACAAGCCCUUUUCGAAGAAGAGGAAGGUGAAUUAUAUGGCCCUGGAAUAGCAGAUUAGCUAUUUCAUCCACGGAGAAGGCCGGAAUCACUGCAGCAGUGAAGGACCUUUUUUUUUUCGCGCCGUUGGAGAUCGACGAUAACUUAAAAAAUAUUUAAUUUUUUUCUUCAAAAAU